GUUCUUGUAAAUGACUAUAAUAUGAAAAUGAAUGGACGUGAUACAUUCGACCAGUGUGGUGUGACUUAUGGAGCUUUCAGCAGGAGGACACAAACAUGGUGGACAAAGAUUUUCUAUUGCGUUUUUGAAAUCACCCAGUUGAACGCCUAUCGCUUGCAUGUGUUAUCACAGCCAACAGGGUCCAGAAAACUGACUCUUUAA